ACACCUCCCUCUCUCUCUAUCCCUCUCUCGACGGGAUGGCUCAAAUCAAAUGCGGAAGUUUACACCCAGUAACGAAGUCGCCGCCAGGGCCACGAUGAGAGUUGUCCUGACAGCGGAGCAGCAGCGAGCUGAAGGAGCGGCGCGUCAGUGACAGCGAGGCGGCGAGAGACCGCAGGAAAACACCAAAGCACCGCCGCCGCAGCCGCCGAACUGUACUUCAGACCCGCAUAUGGCUUCUCUGGGCAGCGCAGAGCGGCGGGCUUUCGCUCUGAAAAUCAACAGGCACUCUUCUGCAGAGAUCAGACGGCACUUUAGUGGGAACUAUGGCUUUCAUCACAGCCGAACCAACUCCAAUGCUUCGGCCUCAGUGUGCCUCACUGUGCCUCAGGCGUAUGACGCUGUGGAGCCGUUGGACCUGGAGGAGUUCCUGAUGUCACAGUUAAGAAGUGGAGACUUAUCCCUGAUGCAAGAACUUGGAGACUUUCCCGAUGAUGACCUGAAGGUGGAGCAGGUGGAGAAGGAGUGUCGGACCAUUCGACACUCUGUCCCAGAGGAUGGAGCGGAGUUGGAUCCACAUGUUAGAGACUGCGUAAAGAGUUACACUCAGCCGUGGCUUGUGGUCUCGAGAAGGUGCCAGGGGGAUGGCUGGAGUGCAUAUUCAGAACGAGCAGGCCUCCACAAACUUCUUCGGAAACAGACCUUUGAGUCUGAUGUGCAGCCAGAAAACCAAGAGAAACCAGUCAAGUCUCCAACUCUAACUACGCUGACUGAUGACUCUGGCCGCACGUUGACCUCCUCUGACUUCAACUUGCGGUGUUUGACCCCGGACCAGAGGGUGGAGGGUCUGCUGGCCUUCAGCAGCCCUGAAGAGCUGGACCGCUUUAACCAGGAGUCACGGCAGGGAAACAGACACCCUGAACUGUUUGCUCUUUACCCACCAGCUGACGAGGAAGACGCAGUAGAAAUCAGGCCUAUUCCCGACUGCCCCAAAGAACACAUUGGAGAACGCAUCCUGGUCCGAUGCCAGACCAUAAAGUUUGAAAUUGAAAUUGAGCCCAUAUUUGCCACCAUGGCCUUGUAUGAUCUGAAAGAGAAGAAAAAGAUAUCGGAGGACUUCUACUGUGAUCUGAAUUCAGAGCAGCUUAAAAACUUCUUGAAACCUCACACUCCGCAUGUGGAUCAUUCCACCUUGGUCAGAUCUGCCAUCUUCUCCAUCACCUAUCCUUCCCCAGAUAUAUUCCUGGUCAUCAAGAUUGAAAAGGUUCUCCAGCAGGGAGAGAUCAGUGACUGUGCUGACCCCUACAUAACAUUUAGAGAAUGUGACUCUGCAAAGAACAAGGACAAGCUUCAGAAGCUGCGCGGCCAGGCGGAGGCUUUCUGCCAAAGGCUGGGUCGCUAUCGCAUGCCUUUUGCUUGGGCAACCGUUAAUAUCAUGGAGGUCAUCUCUACUACUGCAGUAGACCGAGACAGAGACACAGACUCUGACAGCCUAAAAGGAGGUAAAUCCAGCAGCAUUGACCGGAGGGCACAGCUUCCCAGGAGGAACUCUGAACGCUACAGUACCAUCGAAGAACAGCUUUGUAAUGUUUCUGCCUUCAAAUCUGCUACCAUCACAAUCCCCACCAUCUUUAAACAGGAGGGAGAUCGUCUGAGUGAUGAGGACUUACUCAAGUUCCUGGCUGAGAUUAAGAAAACCUCCACCCUUCAGAGGAGAGUCAAGACAAUAUCAGGUUGCAUAAAACUGGACAUGUCUCCAGUUCAUGACACUCCGCUGGGAUGUUUGUCCACUGAGCUCAUCCCCCUCAUACCUGUUGCUGAGAAGAAUCCUCGACUCAUCAAGGAGGUGCUGGAGUUCCCCUCCAGUGAGGUUUAUGUCCCUCACAACAUUUACAGGAACUUGAUCUAUGUCUACCCCCAGAGGCUCAACUUUGUCAACAGACUGACAUCAGCAAGAAACAUCACUAUCAAAAUGCAGUUUAUGAGUGGAGAGGAUCCCAGCUGCUCUCUGCCUGUCAUUUUUGGAAAAUCAAGUGGUGCUGAAUUUUUAAAGGAAGUCUACACCCCUGUUACCUACCAUAACAAGUCUCCAGACUUCUAUGAGGAAGUGAAGCUUGCUCUUCCAGCCCAUCUCACAGAGAGACAUCACUUGCUGUUCACUUUCUACCACAUUAGCUGCCAGCAGAAACAGAACCAGAGUGGCAGCUGUGAGACACUCAUUGGAUACUCUUGGUUGCCCAUAUUGAAUAAUGAUCGACUACAGACUGGCCAGUUCUGUCUCCCCAUCCUCUUGGAGCGACUCCCUGUCAACUACUCACUGCACACACCAGAGAAACUUCCUCCUCAGGUCCCUCCAGUCAAGUGGAUGGAGAGUCACAAAGGACUUUUUAACCUUGAGGUCCAGGCUGUGUCAUCUAUACACACACAGGACAACCACCUGGAGCGUUUCUUCACCCUCUGCCAUGCAUUGGAGGGUGGAGCUACAUUCCCUCUGCGGGUCAGGGAGGAAAAGAUUCCAGAGAACAAGCUGGAGCAUGAGCUAAAGCUCAGCAUCAUAUCACUGUCCUCUUCCAGUUUAGAGCCUCUGGUCCUCUUCCUCCACCUGGUGCUGGAUAAACUCUUCACCCUCAUCAUGCAGCCCAUGGUCAUCGCUGGCCAGACUGCCAAUCUGGCCCAGAUUGCCUUCGAAUCUGUGGUGUCUAUUGUUAACAGUCUUCAUAACAGCCAGGAGCUGAUCAGGGACCAGCAGGGUAGGAACAGCCUCUUGGCAACCUACCUGUACUGGGUUUUUCGUCUGCCUGAUCCCCCUCGAGACAUGCAGAACACAGGUUCGGGGAGUGUGAUAGCUGCAGCAGAGAGCCGUUACAGCACCAUGGGUCGGGCCACGGCUGCCACAGUUGGCAAUAUGCUUCUCCAGUCUAGGGUCCGUAGCAGCAGCAACCCAGACAUCCCUGCACCACACACCUCUGCUGAGGAUGCUGAGGUCAAAAACAUCCUCUCUGCCAAGGGCCACAACAACCCAGGCAGCCGCAUGUCUACCUAUGUGGAUAUAAACAACCAUCAGAACACCACAGCAAGCACCAGGCCCUCCAACAGAAAGCAGUUUCAUGAGGAGCUCGCCUUACAGAUGGUCGUCAGCACUGGAGUCUGCAGAGAAAAUGCGUACAAAUAUGCCUGGUUUUUCUUUGAGCUGCUGGUGAAAAGCAUGGCUCAGCAUGUGUCUCAGCUGGACAAGCAGAGUGUUCCUCGCAGAAGUCGCUUCUCUGACCGAUUUAAAGACGACAUCACUACCAUUGUCUCUGUGGUUACAGCCGAGAUUGGAACCAUCCUUGUCAAACAACAAAAGGAGGUAGAGCAAGCAGAGAAAGUCAACAUCAGCUUGGCUUUCUUCCUCUAUGACCUGAUGUCUCUAAUGGACCGAGGAUUUGUCUUCCAGCUGGUGAAAAACUAUUGUAACCAGAUGUCAGCUAAGAGUCUUUCCAUGCCAACAUUGAUUAGCAUGCGUCUGGAGUUCCUGCGAAUCCUGUGCAGCCAUGAGCACUACCUCAACCUGAGUCUUUUCUUCAGCAGCCCUGCCUCUGCCCCCUCCCCGUGUCCAUCCAUCUCCUCACAGAGUUCCGGCUCAUGUAGCUUCCAGGAGCAGCAGAGGAUCUUGGCGCUGUUUGAACUCUCUCAGGAAUUCAAGCAGCAACACUACCUCACCGGUCUGCUACUUACAGAACUUAGUGCGGCACUAGACAUGGAGUCAGAGGGGGGAAAGGUCCAGAGAAAGGCCAUUAAUGCUAUCUACAGCCUGCUGUGUUCCCACGACCUUGACCAUCGCUGUAUUAAAACUGAGGUCAGGGCCAAGGUGGCUGCUCUCUACCUCCCCCUGGUGGGGAUUAUUAUAGACUCCACCAAUUACCUGGAUUUCACAGUUUCUGACACGCGCGGCGGGAAAAACAAGACAGGUGGACCUGAGGACGACCUUGAAAACGUCCCACCCAUCAAUCAGUCUGUUGCCAUGGCAAUUGCCGGGAACCCCUUCAACACGCUGGGACGGAAUGUUCUCGUUUCCAUGGCAUCCAUACAUGGUAAAUCCAUAGCCACCCUGGCAGCAGACACCAGUCGCCACCUGUUGGUGUGCUUCUUGUGGGUGAUGAAGAAUGCUGAUCGGAGCCUGAUUCAGCGCUGGACUGUAGAUAUGCCUCCCUCACAGCUCAACAAACUGCUGGAGCUCCUCACUAUCUGCGUGUCCUGCUUUGAGUAUAGGGGUAAGCAGAGCAGUGACAAAGUGAGCACCCAGGCCUUGCAGAAAUCUCAGCAAGCCAAACUGCAGCUGGAAGAAGCCCUGCUGAGAGGAAUGGGAGCACGUGGAGAAAUGAUGAGACGAGUUGGAGGAAUGGAUCGGACUCUGGGUCAAAGAGAGAAUCUGCGUUGGAGGAAAGAUCUCACUCAGUGGAGACAGACUAAUGACAGACAGGAUAAGACUAAAGCAGAAUUGGACCAGGAGGCUCUGAUCAGUGGAAACUUAGCCACAGAAUCAAACCUCAUAGUGCUGGACCUGCUGGAAACUAUCGUGCAGGCGCUGCCAUUGGCGGAUUGUAAGGACAGCGUAGUUGGUGGAGUGUUGAAGGUGUUACUCCAUUCUCUCACCUGCAACCAGAGCACCACUUUCCUCUCUCACACCUUCAGCACGCUUAGAGCACUUGUUGUCAAGUUUGGAGACCUGUUGUUUGAGGAGGAGGCGGAGCAGUGUGCAGACCUGUGCCAAAAGGUGCUUCAGUACUGCAGCAGCCCUGUUGAUGAGAACAGAAGCCAGGCCUGUGCCACCCUCUAUCUCAUCAUGAGAUAUAGCUACAGUAAUGCCAGUAACUUCUCAAGAGUGAAGAUGCAGGUCACCAUGUCUUUAGCCUCGCUGGUGGGCAAGUCAUCAGACUUCCAGGAGGAAUACUUACGGCGUUCACUCCGCACCAUCCUGGCCUACGCAGAGGAAGACACUGAGAUGCAGAACACUCAGCUGCCCUCACAGGUGGAUGAGCUUCUGAGAAACCUUAACAGUAUUUUGUCCGACACAGUGAAGAUGAGGGAGUUUCAGGAAGAUCCUGAGAUGCUCAUGGACCUCAUGUACAGGAUAGCAAAGGGCUACCAGACGUCUCCUGACCUCCGUCUGACCUGGCUGCAAAACAUGGCAGAGAAGCACAACAACAGAAAGUGUUACACUGAGUCGGCUAUGUGUCUGGUCCACGCUGCCGCCUUGGUGGCAGAGUACCUCAGCAUGCUGGAGGAUCACAAGUACCUGCCUGUUGGCAGCGUCACCUUCCAGAACAUCUCCCCCAAUGUGCUGGAGGAGUCUGCGGUGUCAGACGACAUCCUGUCCCCGGACGAGGAUGGGGUGUGCUCAGGACGCUACUUCACUGAGAACGGUCUGGUGGGAUUGCUUGAGCAGGCUGCUGAACUCUUCAGCAAUGGUGGUCUCUAUGAGGCAGUGAAUGAAGUCUACAAGAUCAUUGUACCAAUCCUAGAGGCGCAUCGAGAUUUCAGAAAACUGGCAUCCACUCAUGACAAACUCCAGAGAGCCUUUGACAACAUCAUUCAGAAGGGCCAUAAGAGGAUGUUUGGAACCUAUUUCCGGGUGGGAUUUUAUGGGACCAAGUUUGGCGACCUGGAUGAACGAGAAUUCAUUUACAAAGAACCUGGGAUCACACAUCUGCCUGAGAUAUCACACAGACUGGAGAACUUCUACAGUCAGUGUUUUGGAGAUGACACAUUGAUAAUGAUCAAGGACUCUACACCCGUGGACAGAAAACAACUCAACCCCAAUAAGGCAUAUAUCCAGAUCACGUAUGUGGAGCCCUAUUUUGAUGACUACGAAAUGAAAGACCGGUUGACAAACUUUGAGAAGAACUUCAACCUGCGACGCUUCAUGUACACCACACCCUUCACUAAGAGUGGACGGCCUCGGGGUGAACUGUAUGAGCAGUACAAGAGGAAGACUAUCCUCACCACCAUGCAUGCCUUCCCCUACGUCAAGACUCGCAUCAAUGUCAUCCAGAAAGAGGAGUUUGACCUGACUCCUAUCGAAGUGGCCAUAGAGGACAUGCAGAAGAAGACCAGGGAGCUGGCAGUCGCUACACAUAGAGAACAGCCUGAUGCUAAGAUGUUACAGAUGCUGCUGCAAGGCUCUGUGGGAGCCACUGUCAACCAGGGCCCAUUGGAGGUGGCCCAGGUCUUCCUGAAUGAGAUCCCAGCGGACCCAAAGCUCUUCCGUCACCACAACAAGCUGCGGCUGUGUUUCAAAGAGUUCAUAAUGAGGUGCGGUGAAGCUGUUGAGAAGAACAAGCACUUGAUCACAUCAGACCAGAAAGAGUACCAGCAGGAGCUGAAGAAGAACUACAACCGCCUGAGAGAGAACCUGAGGCCUAUGCUGGAGAGAAAGAUCCCUGAGCUCUAUAAACCCAUCAUCAGGCCUCGGCUAGAGAACAGGGAUUCCUUCAAACGUCUAAGCUUCCGCAGAGCUCAGGAGGAAAACUCCUGAGAUGCCAGAGCUUGUCUGAGAGAGAAUGUGACCGAUAGGAAAGGGAGGCUGUCAUGUAACUGAGAGAGGAAGAGCAAAGAUAAGAUGAAAGAGGACAGAAACAAGAAGAGGAACUGCCCAUGAUACCCUUGCUCUUCUCUACACCGGAGCACCAUGUUGGGUCCACGAGAGAGGACUCAGUUUCUCAGCGGUCCAGCAGUGUGUAUCAGUAUCUGCUGCAUGUCCACUUUUAUGAUGUCAUAGUUGUUUGCAACAGGAGCCAAAAGGAGAGUGAGCACAUAAAAAUAGGGGAGUGGGAACCACAGGCAAAGUGUAGCUUGUCUAGCAUUUCACUGUAAAAUCUUCAGAUGCCGUGGCUCUGUCGAUUUCCUUUUGUUCAUAGAUAACUUCAAGUCCUAAUAAUGCUGCAAACAUUUCCUCUGGGUUGGUUAAAGUAGCUCUCUUAGGUCCUAACUGGCCCAGGGCUUGUAUGUCAGGCAAUAAUGCUUGUGUUCUCUGUGUAUUUGUAUGUAAAUGUCUGAAUGGAUGUGUGUUCAUUUAGAUAAUGUUUGGAGUAGAAGCUUUUGGUGCCAUACUGAAGUCACUUUGUACUGAAUGAUGACAAAUGAUUCUGUUAUGUGCUAAAGGGCCUCUGUAAUUCCACUCUGGGCAUCUAUGCAUGACAUGUGCCAGUUAGAGCAGCAAAAGUGUAGAUGGAUUUGUGCACUGGAAAAUAGGUACAAUUUCCUGUGUUAACUCUUAAAGCCUUUCUUGUCCUAUUACUAUUGGAUGUACACCACCUGGCUAUUUAGCUAACAGAGAGUUUAACUUAUUCAGAGUUACCUGGAAAAAAACCCCAGCAACUUAAAAUUCACACAGAAUACAUAUAAAAUCCACAUUUUGUAUAUAAUAGAAGUAAUACAUUAGAUAAUGGAAAAAAUAUGUUUACAAAAGUAUGAAAAACUGUUUUGCAUUUUAUUGUAUGGAAAUGUAUUUUUAGAUAAAUAACAGCAAUAAUGAUACGAAUUGGAAAUCUUAUUCAGCAGGUGGGACUCAGUGACCGAGUGUACUGUCACAAUCUCAGUGUAUGUUCCAGUAGUUUCAGUUGUUGUUUGUAAAUAGACACACAGUGCCAAAUAUAAUUCCUUCCUUAUUUACUUAAGAACUGAGAAACUUAACAAGAACUGCAGUAUUUUGAAAAGGCACUCCACACAGCUAGGCUUUGCAAAAUGAAUUUUGUUUACCCCACAUGUCAAAAUAUUUUCCAGAAAAGAAGUGUAUUACUGCUUUGAAUAAUUAAAUGAUGGCCACCUGAUUUUUAUUAGACACCCUUAAAUUGACUGAUCUUAUUGGUGUUGUGCCACAGGUCAUGCUGGAUUUCGGUAAGCUAAAUGUGCUUCUCGAAAAUAGGUAUACAUUUUAAAUACCUUAUUAGUACUCAUUUGAAAAUUUUCCACUUUGUUUCUAGGUACAUUACUUAUUUAUUAGCUGUUGAAUGUUUUUAAACUGGCUAAGCAGAAUGGACCGAAUAGUGUAUUUUGUGAGUAGUAAUUACAAUGUAGACCUAUUUUUGAAACAUGAAGCCGGUGUUAUAAGAUAUAUAUCGUUGGCAUUCAACUACUUGAGACUGCAUUCUUGUUUAUUAGUUAUUCUUAUGUUCAUACCUGUUGUGUUUUAUUAAAUGUGAAAUUUUUACUUGUCAUGCAUACAACGUUGUUGAAGAAUCUGAAUAAACUUUAAUAUAUGAACACUG